UAAAUCUAUAAUAUUCUUACCAAGAACAAAACAAAGAAGAAGAGCAGUAUCAUCCAAACUCCAAGGCACGACCACUGGACUCCCUAGCGGCGACCACCAAACGCGACCACCACCGCAGCGGUGUACGGAGACAUCUGUACGACCUCCACGGAAGCGGCAACACACAUAAUUUGUCCCAAUUAUAUCUUACUACCAUCAAUUGUGAGAGGUCAAAUGGUCCACUCGGGCCCCCUUGACCAUUCCGUUCUUAUUUACCAGGAGGAUCAUAGGAGUGAGGAUGUGUGGAAAGGAGUAACACGAGGAGAUAAGGUAUUUUCAUGUAGGGAGAAUUUAUUUUCUUUGACUCGGAAUUGGGUAGUAGAUGAUCGAAUGCUAAGUUAUGUUAAGCAAGCAGGCUUCUAUGGAGUGCACAGACUACGAUGUUCUGUAGGUCUUGAUCGACCUCUCAUUACCGCUUUGGUUGAGAGGUGGAGACAAGAAACGCAUACAUUCCACUUGGCAGUUGGUGAGGCAACUAUUAAUUUAGGGGAUGUGGCCUGUUAGGGUUGCGAGUACACGGUGAUGCUGUCAUCGGAUCCACUUCUCAAAAAUGGUCUGCACUUGUAGAAGAAUUGCUAGGAGUUAUGCUAGGGGUUGAUGAUACAACUCAGAAGCCACCACUCAAGGGUUCUGCGCUCAGAUUAUCUUGGUUAAGGAAAAACUUCUCAAACUUAUCCCCGGAUGCUGAUGACCUUACAGUGCAGAGAUUUGCAAGAGCAUAUAUACUUAUGCUUAUGGGAUCUGUUUUGUUUACUGAUAAGAGUGGUGAUGUAGUUCAACUUAUUUACUUACCACUUUUGACAGAUCUUCAUACAGCAGGAAACUAUAGUUGGGGUAGUGCAACGCUUGCCUUUUUGUAUAGGCAAUUAUGUCGAGCUUGUAGACGUGAGGCAAAGGAGAUAGGAGGACCUUUGUUAUUGCUUCAGUUAUGGUCAUGGGAGCAUAUACACAUUGGUGUACCAACAAUAUCUCGACUUAGGCAGGCCGACAAUAAUCCUCCAGAGCAGCAACCUGAGGAUGUAACAGAUCCUCAGAUACUUGGCUCUCAAAUUAUGAAGGGCAUUGACCCUUUAGCAUGCAGUUGGUUACGUGUAUACUUUACGCGCGUGGAAUCAGCUAGCGGUGGCCUUUCAUAUUACAGGGAUGCCUUGGAUCACCAAAGUGAUGAUCAGAUUCGGUAUAGAUUCUUAUAUGAUUUCAGCAUCAUAUGAUCUAUGAUAAGUGCCAAACAUGUUGGUGAACCCACUUAAAGAACAAAAUGUUGCAAUGCUAGUGUAGACACCCAUUUGUGUCUCCCCAAAACCAAACCCAGUGAUGAGUACCUUUCACGUCGAAUCAUA